CCGUACACACAAUUAACAAAAGAAUCUUCUAAUUGCACAGUUACGUCCUCCAAAUUUGGGUAUAAAGUGUCCAUGUCUGUAAAUUUCAAUAUUCAGUUUCAGUAGUGUCGUGGCCGCGGAACAACAACUUAAAUUUCUAUCCAAAAUGUUUAAACUUUGUGUCCUCUCCUGCCUGCUGGCCGUAGCCGCCGCUAAGCCGAGCCCAGCCAUCGUGUACACCUACUCCGGCAACGCAGCCGUGGGCCCCGUCGUGGCCCCCGCCGUGGCCCCCGUGGCCCCCGUGGCCCCCGUCGCCGCCCCUGUCGCUCCCGUCGUCCCGGCACAACUCACUUACUCCAGAAGCUUACUGUACCCCGGCGGGUACCCUACGCCGCUAGCGUACGCGGGCUACCCCGGUCCGCUAGCGUUAUCCGAAACGUACCCGGCCGCCUCGACCUACGCUGCUGGAUACCCUGCCGCCUACUCCAGCUCAUUCCUGAACGGCCCCUACAACGUCCCCUACGCAUCGCCGUACACGUCUGCGUUUUACGUCCGUUGAAGUCAAUCUGUCUGAUGUAAUAAAUUAUGUUUCUAUUUGAA